AUGGAAAUUGAACGAGAAAACGUCAAUAAUGUCACCCAUGGACGAGAGAACGUUAACAGCGUAACAUACGAAUUCGAGUUUGAAGGACUUUCUCAACUCAAUAAAUCUCUUUAUAGUCCAGUUUUUUCUUCUGGCAGCUCUGGAAAUUCAAUAAACGAUCAGCACUUUUGGCAACUUUGGAUACAACCUGCAGAAAACCUCAAAGAUAAUGAAGAAUAUUUAUCGCUUUAUUUAUGUGCAAUUCCUAAUGCAUUCGAGAUCAAAUCUGUUGAGCCUUGGCGGGAACGUCUUAAUACAACUGCUGUAGUUUAUCUUCAAGACCCAAAAACUAAAAUUAAAAUUGGGAGUACCAUUUAUUAUACUAAUAGAAAUCUAAAGAAAUUUUCUAUCAGAUGUUCUUAUAGAGGCCGUGAAUUUUUCGUGAAACGUUCCGCUAUACCACAAACGAAAUUAGUCUUGGGAAUCGAAUUUUUAAGUGUUCCAUUUACUGAAACAUAUGUCGCAUGGAAUGACAAUAAAUGUGCUCCACCAGAUUCAUUAAUUCAAUCUUGGAAAACUGCUAUAAACAAUCCAAGAAUGGCUGAUGUAUUAUUCAAUGUUCAAGGAGAGGUUCUUUGUGCAAAUAAAGAUGUUAUAUGCGGUCGUAGUGAAUAUUUUAAAACCAUGUUUGCAAGUGGAUGCGUUGAAUCACGUAUGAUAUCCUUAGCAGAUUGUGGCCGAUUAAAGAAACGACAUCGUGAUUCUUCAGGAAAUUGUUGCAAAUCAAUGAAACAAAUUAUUGAUAAUAGAGAUUCAAAUACUGGCAAUUCUCAUGAUAUAAAAAACGUUGAGAUCAAAGAAAAAAAAGAUACAAGAACACCUAAAAAACAGCGUUCACAUUCAGAAAUAGGUUCCUCUAAUUUUAAUAACUCUUCAAUUAAUCAAGAAAUCAACUUAUUUCCUUCAGGCAUUCAAACAACAAUUAAUAAUGAUGGUAAUAGUGCAAGAACGAUCGCAUUACAACAUAAAAAUGAUCAUGAAAUCCCAGAAAUAACUACAAGCGUUAUAGAUAAAAACCAGGAGGUUAUUACUAAUAAACGAAUCAGUUCAUCGGAAAGAGGAACUUCUUCACGAAACAAUUCCAGAAUUGAUAGUCCGGAGGCUGAAGUUGAUGAUAAUGAAUUUUAUCAGGAAUUUCCUCCAGAGCCUGUUGGAACGGCGAAAAUAACGUCAUUCGUGCAUCUUUUUCGACUGGCUGAUAAAUAUCAAAUAACUGAUUUGCGACAGCGCGCGUUAGCUCGGAUAUACAAAGAAUUGGCGAUAUCCAAUGUGGCAGAAGUACUAUUUAGUUUAGGUCAUCAAUGGAUGGACUUGAAAAGAGUGUGUAUGGAUUAUAUUUUAAAACACUUUGCAGCUAUUAGAGAUACAGAAGGAUUUAAUAGAGUAUUCGAUCAUCCCGAAAAUUAUUCCGGAUUUAGUGAGAUUACCAGAGAACUUUUCAAAAGAUUAAAAACCUCAGAAGAAAAAGAGCUAUAA